AUGCGAUACACAAGACCUAAUCUUGACGAAAAUGCACAUCGUAUUCUUCUAAAUCCAUCAGAGGACUUCUACCUCGAGGAACAGUUUCAUGAGCAUAAUGAAGAUGAUCACGACAGGGAAAGUAUAAACAAAAACCGGGAAGUUCAAGUGGUUACAGAGUUAAACAGUUAUGGGCAUGAAGAGGAUGGUGUGUGGGCAGAUCACCCAAUAAAUUCAUCAGGAUUCAUCGAGAAGAAGACUAGGCCUCUGCAGCUGGCCUUUGAUCCAGAAGCCUCUAUCUUAAAUGAGGUUUGA